GAGGACUGCUUCUUUUGGCUUUCAGGCUUUAUAUUCUUACAGGUUUCUUCUUCCUCUCAGAGUGUCAGUAACAGCAGAAAGAAGGCGUCUAAACUGUGGAGCUCCAUCCUGAAAAUGAUCCCUCACAUGGCUCUGUGCAAAUUCUUUCCUCUGGUUGUCAUCGGGGUCGUGGUGGUCGCUGUGAGUGGGAUCUUUGGAGAUCCCCUGUAUGAGUGCCUUCAGGACACAGACUACAGCGAGCUGCUCAACAUCGUGGAGAAAGGUCUCCCUGCCUCCAAGACCCCUCGACAUGUGGCCAUCAUCGGAGGAGGCAUCGCUGGACUGACCGCUGCAAAGUUUUUAGAAGAUGCCGGACAUAAGGUGACCAUCAUAGAAGCUAGUCAUCGCAUUGGAGGACGAGUGGAGACCUUCAGGAACAGACGAGAAGGCUGGUACGCAGAACUGGGCGCCAUGAGGAUCCCCAGCUUCCAUAAGAUUCUUCUCUCCUUUGCCUCCAAAUUACAAAUCGCUUUGAACCACUUCAUCCAAGAUGACAUCAACACUUAUUACUUUGUAAAUGGAGUGCUGCAGAAAACCUACGCUGUGGAAAACAACCCCGGUGUGCUGAACUACAACCUGAAUGUGGGUGAGAGAGGGAAGUCAGCGGCUCAGCUCUUCAGUGAGACGCUCUGGAAGGUGAGGGAGGACCUGAAGGUGAUGGGCUGCAGCGCCAUGUUGGAUAAAUACGAUUCCUACACAGUGAAGGAAUACCUGGUGAAGGAGGGGAACCUGAGCCGGGGUGCUUUAAGGAUGGUUGGAGACCUCCUGAAUGAAAACAGUCUCUUCUACACGUCACUGAUCGAGAUGCUGUACAUCCAGUCAGACAUCAACGACAACACUGAGUAUUUUGAGGUGACGGAUGGCUUUGACCACCUCCCACAGACGUUCUACCAGGUGCUGAAUGCCACAAUCCUCCUCAACUCCAGAGUCAAACUGAUAAACCAAUCAGGAGGCAGCAACGUGACCAUAACGUUCCAGGACUGGCGUAACUCAGGCUCCGUGGUGAACCUCACGGUGGACUACGCUCUGGUUACCUCCUCAGCUAAAGCCACCGUCUUCAUCGACUUCCUGCCUCCUCUGUCCGGAGACAAGAUGGAGGCGCUGCGCUCGGUUCACUACGCCAGCUCCACCAAAGUGAUCCUCAGCUUCAGUCAGAGGUUCUGGGAGAAGGAGGGCAUCCGAGGAGGGAAGAGCGUCACAGACAGGCCUUCUCGCUUCAUCUACUACCCCAGCCACAGCUUCCCCGGCACAGACGCAGGAGCCCUCCUCGCGUCCUACACCUGCUCCGACGACUCCACGCUCUUCCAGGGUUUGAGCGAUGACGAGCUGAUGGCCGUAGUGCUGGAGGACUUGGUGAAGAUCCACGGGGAGGGCAUCCGGCCUCAGUGUACCGGGGGGCUGGUGAAGAAGUGGGGUUUGGAUCCUUACAGUCUGGGAGCUUUUGCCCUGUUCACGCCAUACCAGCAGGGACACUACGCCCGGGAACUGUUCCAGAGCGAGGGCCGGGUGCACUUUGCAGGAGAACACACGGCGACCCCACACGGGUGGAUAGAGACCGCCAUGAAGUCUGCACUCAGGGCAGCCAAAAACAUAAACAGCCUUACACUUUAAUGACUUAAAUCAAGUAUCUGUUUGUUCACACGUGCUCCUUCAUGUUCAGAUGAUCUUGUAAAUACUGGUCCAACUGUUUCAACCUCAGACUGUAUUUAAAAACGGCCUCUACAACGUCACCCAUCGGUUUUUAAUGUACCUUUUGAAACAUGAAAUCCUGAAGUUUU